UCGAGUAUAGGCGUGCAAAAGAAUACAAGUAUAUGUGAGUAAGCAAAAUUAAGCGUGCCUUAUGGUCAAUCACGUGCAAGCAUGUACCCAUUUAUAAAAACCCAUAAACCAUAGAAUAGAGGACAUUCAAUUCAAUUAUCAUUUCUCCAUUCCACAAAUUUCAAUCCCACCAAACAAAUGAAAUGAAUCCUUUUCUUUUAGUCUUAGUCUAAGUCUUAGUGUCACCAAUAACUCCAAACAACUUAUAACACACACUAGUGCUACUAUACUAGUUGUUGCAAGUGAUACAAAGAACCAAUUAAGAAAAAGCUAAUAGUAAUUGCCAAACAAGCAAAAAGUUACUCCAUCAGUCCCUCUCAAUUUACGUCUUUUUUUCUUUUAUUGUGUUUUACUAAUUUUACAUCUUUUAUCCGUUUAGUAGUGAUUCCACUUUCUUUCUUUUAAUCUUAUUCACAAAUUUAUUAUUUCUCUUUAUUUUACCCACUUAUUUAUAUCAAUUACUCGUUUAUUUUGUCUUAUUCUCUAAGUCAAUUACCUUUCUAUUAAAUUCUAUCCAAAAUAUUUUAUAUGUAUUCUCGUAAGGACUAGGAAGUAUUUCAUUACCCCUCAACCUUUUUUGCAUUGUUUUGUGACACUCAUUAUAUGGGAGUAGUGACAAUAAAGUGGGACACUAAAUAACAGAGUAGAGUGAUAGUGAGACUUUUUUGAAGACUACAAGUAUUUGUUAUUCUCAAUUUUCCUAAUUUUCGUGAAUUAAAAAACCCAAAAAGGAGGGAAAAAAGGGUGAGAAUUAAAGCUACUAAAAUGGAGGGAAAAGUUGAGGUUAAGCAAUCUAAGUUUGGAAGAAUAUGUGUCUUUUGUGGGAGUAGUCAAGGCAAGAAAACUAGCUAUCAAGAAGCUGCCAUUGAACUUGGAAAAGAAUUGGUAUCAAGGAACAUUGACUUAGUAUAUGGAGGAGGAAGCAUAGGGUUAAUGGGUUUAGUUUCUCAAGCUGUUCAUAGUGGAGGUCGGCAUGUUAUUGGAGUGAUUCCCAAGACGCUCAUGCCUCGAGAGAUAACUGGCGAAACUGUAGGGGAAGUCAAGGCUGUGGCAGAUAUGCAUCAAAGAAAAGCAGAGAUGGCUCGCCACUCUGAUGCUUUUAUUGCAUUACCAGGUGGUUAUGGAACUCUAGAAGAACUACUAGAGGUGAUAACAUGGGCUCAACUCGGCAUUCACGACAAACCGGUGGGUUUACUAAAUGUGGAUGGGUACUACAAUUCACUUCUCACUUUCAUCGACCAAGCUGUGGAAGAAGGGUUCAUUAGUCCUAAUGCACGCCAUAUUAUUGUUUCUGCUCCUACCGCGGAAGAAUUAGUCAAAAAAUUAGAGGAAUACAUUCCUUGCCAUGAAGGAGUCGUUUCCAAAAUGUGCUGGGAGAUGGAGCAGCUUGAAUACAGCCAGCAAUGCGACGUAUCUAGAUGAUAAUGAAUCAUAUACUCUUUCGUUUUUCUCGAUUUGCAUCAUUUUCAAUUUUAAGUUGUUCCACCCAAUUAACAUCAUUUCCUUAUUUAGAAAUGAACUUUACCAUAUUCUUAAUCCUUUUAUUCUCAUCCGUAUAUUUUUUUCAUCAUCAUACCUAAUGUAUUCCGCUAAUAGAAACUCAUCAUCAUCAUAUAUUAACUCUUUUAAUUAUCAUUCACACAAUUCACCUUAUUUAUUACCAACAUUUCAUAUUCCUUUUAAAAUUUACCCGAUUUCUCUUUGAUGCAAAUCCAGUAGAACAGAGGGCUUAAUUGUUACUAGUAAAUUGAGAGGAAGAGGAGGAUGACUAAUUUCAUAGACUCAAAAAUCUUCAGUAGGAGGCUUUUUUUUUAUUUUUUUUUAUUUUUGUAAAUUUCAUUUGAGACAAUUUCAAAUAUCUAGGCCUCGAUCCAAAUCUUCAAAAUUUCUGGUUUUUUUUUUCUGAAUUGUAACUAUUAAAAUCUAGUAGAAAUUCCCCUCUGAUUUGUGAUAUUACCUUUUUUCACUACUUCAUCGGUAAUACAAGUUAUUACUCUAUCAUUACUCUUUAUAUUCUAUCUUUUAGUUUAAUUAUUUAAUUACUUUAUUAUAUUAUAUUCAACUUAUUAAUUUCCGUGUUAAAAGUAAAUAAGGGAAAAUAACUUAAAUGGGCGAGCCUUUGUCUGUCAUGCUUUCAUUAAUUAGAUAUUUAUAAUACAAUAUUGUUGGAAAAAAUAAUUCAAAUGUGAUUCCAUAUUGAAGAAUUAAAGAAAGGUUGACUAAUAUAUAAGUUUGAUGGG